AAUUCCCUAGUAACAGUCCAUUGUAUUUUUAUUAGACAAGUUGAGACAAAUGAAGAAUGAAAAAGUGAUCUAUGUUUACGUUGUGGUUUGAGGCAGUUGCAACAAUUUGCCAAAAUGCCGAAUUAGUACAAAAGUACGGUAGGAUAGUCGAUGUUUGUAGGAUUAUUAACGCCGGCCGUUUUAAAUGAGUCAUGGAAGCUGUUCUGGAGCCGGAGGAUCCAGACACAGACCAACAAGUCACAGUGGAGGUGUUCCCAGACACUGUCGCCGAAAUUAUCUAUUUAUCCGAUUAUCAAAUCAUCAACGACACUGGUUCUCCGAUUGUGGAUAGUGAAGACACCUGUGACACUGAGUAUGAGAUUGGAUCAGUUGAUACCACCAAGUUUCCUGGAUCUGACUUUGUUCUGGAUGAGUCUGGGACUAUUGUUUUGUUGCCUUCUGAAGAGUCUGACCCAUUAUCUGAUCUAUCAACAAAUGAUAACAGCAAUGAAUUACACAGUUGCUCUGAAUGUAAAUUCCAAACCGACUCGUUGGAAAAACUCGAAUCUCACCAGUUGCUGCACGCUGAAGACCAUCAGUGUGCUGAUUGCCUGAAAACAUUCUGCAGUUACGCACUGCUAACGAAACAUAUACGUGACGAACACACUGCUUUCAUGUGCUUCGUCUGUAAGCUGGAAAUAAUCGGCUCGAAAGCGCAUCGAACGCACUUGCGACAACACGAAACGCAGUGCGAAUAUUUGUGCUCCACCUGCAAGAAGGAUUUCGCCAACGACGAGGAACUCAUGCAACAUAUGAAGACUCACGGCGCCAUUCUCCUCUACGCUUGCAAUAUUUGUGAUGAAGCUUUCUCGAAGAUGCCCGAGCUCAGCGCGCACCUGAAGCAGGCGCAUCCUAAGUAACCUGUUUUAUUACACUACAUGUUUUUGUAUAAAUUUCUAGUCUAGUUUAGUGCAAAGCAAAGAGCAAGCCACGCGAAAAAUCAAAAUGAUUGCAAAUUCAGUUAAGAUUAGCUAUUUACUGAUUAUUUUUUGUAAGCAAGUACAAAUGUUAUAUUAUAGAGAUUCUUUAAUUUAAAUCUAAGGAAAAUUAUGGACUUUGUUUGCAACUAAGUCAGCCAAGGGUGUUUUUGAAAUGUUUAUUUAAGAUUUAUUCUGGCAUUUCUCCACCAGGCACCAACUGAAACAAGAAACAAAAAAUGAUAUAAUAUACAUAGAACUAUAUUUUAUCAAGCACUUGCAGAUUGAGAUAUUUGUGAGUGCUUUUUAAAAAAUUUUAAGUAUUCAGCCAUAGACACUAAAAAUAUAUAAAUUAAACUUUA